GUCGAACGUGUUUUGUCCGCGGAGGGCGUUUUAGUUUCUUCGCUCGCGUUGUUCGUUCGAUACCGUGUGGCAUUUUCGCGGACCGUUCGUUGCAGGGAGUUGGUUGCUCGUGUAACUCUGAGCUUCUCUGUGCAGUUCCAUGUAAACAAGGAUGUGAAAAUAAAUCAAUAAAAUCAACACCCGAUCGCUCUCGAUCGAUAUUUGGCAAGUGUGGUGAAAAUAUGUAGUGAAAAAACCUUGAAACGUGUAAAGUACAAACGCACAGCGCAGUUGGCGACGAAAACGCAGCAUUUUACUAUCCUUGGUUUCCUUCGACCGGGCCGCUUCAAAGGGAUACCAUUUGACAACCGACGUUUGAAGAACAGUGCAUGUAGUUGAUACGACACGUUCUUAUCAGCGAACAGCAACAGUAGUCGUAGCAGCUUAAGGAGUAAAAGCAACAACCGCCGAUCGUCGCGGAACAUUCAACGCACACGAUCGUCAGCAAGAAAGUCGAUACAAUGAAUACCACUGUCGUCGAUCAGCAGGCCAACACGGGAUUACCGAUAAAGCUACCAGGCGCACCACUGAAUCCACCAUUGAUCGAUUCCACCGAGGAUCCGCAUCCGAGCCUUUCCGAUUGGCACGACUACGAGCCGAACCUGGAGUUUGACGAUACGGAGCUGACGCACCCCUCGCCCGAACCGGGCACCGCCGCCGUGUUCGAUGACAUCAAUUAUUCCGCCGAAUUUGAAGUUCCCUCGGACGACGAAAUCAUCAAAACCACCCUCGAAGCCGACAACUACGAGGAGCAGCUGACGAUGGUUGGGCACGAUGAAAAUGCCAUCCGGAAAGAUUUUAAGCGACGAAAAUUCAUCGAGUUUAUCGGCACGGACAAGCAGGGCCAGCCCAUCAUCGCGAUCUACGCCUGCCGGCUGCCGGAGCGGAAGGAUCUGAAUUCGAAUAUUUUUAUUGAUUUUAUCAUCAAAUCUAUGGAAGAGUUCGUCCAGAAUGACUACAUCAUCGCGUACUUCCACCAGGGCAUGAAGGAUAACAGCAAACCGGCCCUCCAGUUCCUGUGGAAUUCCUACAAAGAGCUCGAUCGAAGCUUUAAGAAAAAUUUGAAAAAACUCUACGUGGUACACCCGACAACGUUCAUCAGGAUGGUGUGGUUCUUCUUCAAGCCGAUCAUCAGCGAAAAGUUCAAAAGCAAACUCAUCUACACCAGCAGCCUGGACGAGCUGAAGCAGUCGCUCGGUCUCAACACACUGAAGGUGCCCGAUCCAGUCAAAGAGUUCGACGAGAAGAUCAACAACGCUGCCCGCUACACGCUGCGGGCCAGCAAAUCUAGUCUGAAGAGCAGCCGGUCACUCGAGACCAUCCCAAAGUCCGCCCAGUUCGGCGUGUCGCUGCGAUUCAUCAUCGAAAAUAGCGCCUGCCUCAACUGUAUUCCACCGAUCGUGCGAAAGUGCGUCGAUCAUCUGUCGCUGCCGGAUGUGGUCGAAACAGAGGGCAUCUUCCGGCGGUCGGGCAACUACGCCCGGAUAAAGGAGCUCCGCACGAAGAUCAACGCCGGCGAGGAGGUGCAACUGUCCAGCGAAGAUACGCACGUCGUCGCCUCCCUGCUCAAGACGUUCCUGCGCGAGCUGGAAGAACCGCUGCUAACGUACGAGCUGUACGACGACAUCACGCAGUUCGGCGAGUGGAAAACCGAAGAGCAGCGGUCGCGCAACGUCAAGCAGCUGCUGCGCGAGCGGCUACCGGAGGAAAACUACGAGCUGUUCAAGUACGUGGUCGAGUUUCUGGGCAAGAUCAUGGAGCGGAAAGAUUUCAACAAGAUGACCUCCUCCAACCUGGCGAUCGUGUUCGGGCCGAACCUCAUCUGGCCGAAGCAGGAGCAGAUGUCACUGGAUGAGAUAGGGCCGAUCAACGCGUUCAUCGACUACGUGCUGCAGCAUCAGGACGAUAUCUACUUCGUGGACAUCAACAAAAAGGAUCGCGGUGCGUACGAUUAACAGCGGCUGAUCUAAGAAGGUGAACGAUCGGUGGCCCCACCCCACCCUUUGCGCGAAAAGGGAGAGGGAAGGGCAUCGUUCGGGGACCAUCUUAGCGGGGGAGGUGGGUGUGUAGGAAAGGAUUAACAAGAAAAACUCACACGCACACACAAAACCUACAAAACACAUUGGAACGGAAACAUUCUAUUCAUGAGCGAUAUACCGUAAUAUCAUAGCUGUUUAUUUUUUUUUGGUCGGUGAAGCAGUCCUUCGCGGAUUCUAUAAUGUUUAAUUAGUUUAAUUAAUACUAAGAGAGAGAGAGGGGGAAAAACGAACAGAAUGUAGGCUAAUGGUAGGAAAAUGCGUGGAUUUGAGCAAAACGUAAAGUAUGAACGAGUUGUGAGUGUGUAUAGUUGCGUGAAUCGGAAAACAAGGUUAGAAACGACGGGACACAGCGAGCGCAGGUGGCAGCUAGAGGUCGGGUUUCUUUCCCCAUUUCCUUUUGUUUGUUCUAGUUAUAAGUGAGAUGGUUUUAAAAGAAAAUACGAUGUAAGAAGUGUAAAGUUUAAGUCACGAAUGUUUAACAAGGUUAGGAAAGGAAGGGGGUAUU